AUCCAUAAAUCCCGGUCAGAGCCUGGUGACUCCAAUAUUGGGCCCCUGUAGUGGUGGUUGAGGAUUGAAGAGCCCUGUGGUUCCUGGUUCUCGGGCAGAAAAGGGCUCUGCAGGCGUUUGGUGUGGCCUCCCACGGCUCCCUCCUGCUGGGUUUGCAUCCAUGGAGAUGCUCUGUCACACCAGGCUGGGCUGGGAAGGGGCGGGACAGCAGAGCCCAGAGCGGCUGGUCAGAAGGGUUUGGGAUCUGGGGGGCUGCUUGGGGGGGUUUAAGCUCAGUGGGAGGCUGGUGAGAAGGGUUUGGGCUCAGCAGGAUUUGGGCUCAGCAGGAGGCUGGUUGGAAGGCUUUGGGGUGGUUGGGAGGGUUUGCUUUGGGCUUUGCAGGAGGCUGGUUGGAAGGGUUUGGACUCUGGGGUUGGAAGAUUUAGGCUGGUCAGAAAGGUCUGGGCUCAGUGGGAGGCUGGUUGGAAAGGUUUGGGCUCUUGGGGGGUGUGAUUUGAAAGGGUUUGGGCUCAGCAGGAGGUUUGUCCACUCGCCACAUCCCCUGUGACCAGUGUGUCCCCCUGGGAUGAGCCCUCAAGGCCCAGCUCCAGCCAGGACCGUGCUGAUCUAUCGCAACGGGGACCGUUUCUUCCCGGGGAGGAGAUUCCUGGUGACCCCCCGGCGCUUCCCGACCUUCGAGGCCUUUCUGGACGAGGUGACCAAGGCCCUCCACACCCCCCUGGCCGUGAGGAACCUCUACACCCCCCGGUAUGGCCACGGUGUCACGGGGCUGGGGGACCUGCGGGACGGGGGCCAGUACGUGGCAGCGGGGUCGGAGAGGCUCCGAAAGCUGGACUACUUAAAUCAGGGAAGGAAGGAGCCCCGUGGGACGAGGAAGAGUCUGCAGUCCCGUGCUGCAGAUCCCUGGAAAUCCAACACCUUCGUCCAACAGCAGCAGCUCUCCCGCCUGCCCUGCACCAUACAUGUUUUCCGGAAUGGGGAUCUGCUGAGCCCUCCUUUCCCACUGGUGCUCCCCAAGAGGAUCCCACUGGAGUGGGACACGCUCCUGGCCACGCUGACAGAGAAAGUGGAGUUGGGCAGUGGAGCUGUUAACAAGCUCUGCAGGCUGGAUGGGACCCCGGUGUGCGGAGGGGAGGAGCUGGAGAAUGGCCAUCACUACGUGGCAGUGGGAAAGGAGGAGUACAAACCCCUGCCCUACAGGGAGCUGCUGGUGCCCCAGGAGUGCAGGACACUGAGGAACCACCCAAAAACCAGGCACAAAAAGAGCCAGGGCAGGCUGGGCAGUCGCAGGGUGCAGGCCACGGGAGCUGCAGAGAAAGGCAAGAUCCCACCUGCCUCCCCACAGCUGCGAAUUCCAGCCAGGGAAUCUCCCCUCGAGGAGGAAGAGCCCAUUUUCCAUGUCAAACCUGUGCGUGCAGGACAGAACAGAAGGAGCAGCAGGAGUGUGCAGCCUGGCCCAGGUGAAGGUAAAAGCCUCUCUAAACCCAGGGAUCCAAGGAGGGAGAUGAGAGGUGCUCGGGAAGAGGGUGAACACACCAGGCUGGAUGUUGACCAGGUUUAGGACACACUGAGCUGCUCUCCGAUGUGUAAAGCCGAGAGUAACCACGAGGGGGAACUUGAGAAACCGCAGCACGGUGUCACUGCAGGGCCUCGUGUGUUAGAAAGGCAAGAAAUCCCAUCUGGAGAAUGAACAAUUCCCUUCUGGAACGUGAAAGCUACAGCUUCCCACCCCAGUAAGGACUGCAAAGGCUCUCCUGGAUUCUUCUGUGUUUCCAUCCUCACUCCUGUCACAGAAGAAUUUACAUGAAAACCCAAAAUGAGACACCACAGAAAGGUAUUUAUUCCCCUCACUGGUUCUGUGGAGCGGGGGAGAACAUUCCUCUGAUCAGAUUCCUCCCACUGCAAUUCCUGAAGUUCCUUAAGCAGAACUUACCUGUAUCCAGGUGAAGCUCAGAAUCCGCCAGGGAAUAACCACCUAAUUCUUCAAAUGACUUGAACACACUUAUUUUAGUAACAGAAGUUCAAACCUUUGCUUUAAAAAAGAGGGAAAAAACAGUUCUUUCUAAAACAAUGUUCUGCGUGACGAGGUCAGCAGAAUUCCUGUUGUCAGUGGUGUGUUAAUGAUUCCAGCUUUUCCUGAGGAUAUUCAGGAUUGCUGUAAUGGGUGACAGCGUAGGUGAUUCAGCUCUGCCUUGGUGGUGUCUCUGGGUUAAUUAGAACUUCAAAGGAAGACAAUUCCUUUGAAGUGAAAUUAGAGAAAGCCCUGGUGAAGCUUUAGCUGGUGGUUCCUGACCCUUGUUGUGCUGUGUUUGCUGCACUGGGUGUUCCAAUGCUGCUCCUUUCCCUUGGCUUUCCCCCCCCCGGAUCACAUUCCUGUGCAGUUGGUUUUAUUCAGAUGCACAGUGUUGUUAAAUAAUGAAGAUUUUCCCCUUUAUUUCUCAGAGGAAAUGGCUGCUCUUCUGAGCUCUAAAUGGGCUGGUUUGUAGCUGAACUGGGGAAGGAAGAAUUACCAAACAGAAAACAUGUUUUAAUAACAAAACACCUGCCAGGGUUUGCUCUAUGUCAGGUAUUUCUUAGAAAGAGAUUUCAUUGUACUGUUGUCCCUCUGAUUUGCAAUGCCUGGAUAAUGUUUGCAGCAAUUAAAGCUGUUCCCAAAUCCA